AUGGGCAUUCCCAAUGGCCACACCAAACUCCGAGAAGUAACGCCCGAUACAUCCUUGGAUAAGGUCUUCCAAUAUUGGGAAGAAGACGGCGGCGUUAUUAUAAAGGGCAUUUUGACACCCACACAAGUCAAACAACUCCGGAAAGAGCUCGAACCGCUCCUCGAGAAGUUUCAGCGCGGCUCUACUACAGAUAUUGGACCACUCCAAAGUUUCCACGGAUCACAGACAAAACGUGCGGGCGGUCUCACGAAUUGCAGUGCCGUUUUUCGCGAUCACUUGUUGGACAACGAUUUCUUGCAUGCUAUUGCCGCGCGUUCUUUUGGUAAGGGUGGUCGACCAGGAAUAGAUGCCUAUUGGAUCAGCAGCGCCAACACUAUCAACGUUGGUCCUGGUCAACCCGCACAGGUCCUCCAUCGUGACUUGGGAAAUUAUCCACCUUACCAUUUGCUCGGUCCGGAUGGCCCUGAGUCACAAGUCACAUUCCUUAUUGCAACCGUCGAUUUUACCGACGCUAAUGGUGCGACUCGAAUAAUCCCUGGCAGUCAGAAGUGGUCCUUUGACCGGAAAUGGAGCACUGAUCAAACAAUUGCAAGUGAGAUGGAGGCUGGCGACUGCUUGCUAUUCGGAGGCAAAGUAGUUCAUGGCACUGGCGCUAAUACGACGGAUCACGAGCGUGGAUGUGUUGCAUUUACCUUUUGUGCAAACCAUCUGACGCCGGAGGAAGCGCAUCCGCACAUUUUAAAUGCCGAUGUUGUAAGAGGACUGUCCGAGCGCGCGCAGCGUAGCUUGGGAUUUCGCUCCCAGUAUCCACGGGGGGCUCCAGGUCUCUGGAUGGACGGUUACAAUGAAGUGGCAAUACGUCUUGGGCUAGAAGAUUCUAAAUAA